GUGUGACUCUGACGUCAAGGAUACAAAUAAAUUUGGCAUCGAAAUCUUGCACAUAGAAUUUCGAAAUGGCAGAUGGCACACAUUCACAGAGUAAUUUUGUCGAUGAGCACCUUGACGAUGACAAGCCACCAGGUGGCAAAGAAUUCAAAGGAGCAACCCUACAAAUAGAUGCGCCAUCCACACAAAACGGAGAAGAGCCAGGCGUUGGCUAUGCUGGACCCGGAUCCAACUUUAACAGAAAUAGACCAGGAAGUGUGAUUGGUAGACAGAGUGUAAGAAGUACAUCAAGUAGAACCUCAAUGAGACCAGGUGUUGUCAAAACUGAACGCAUGUCUGAUCAAUACUUCUCUUAUAAGGAGUCAAACUUUGAUAAGGCUGUUGACAAAUGUAAGGAAGUUAUGAAAGAAGAUUUAGAUGGAAAGAUACUUGGAAAGUAUCUUCUGACUGAGAUUGACCAUUGGAAUAACGAAAGAGAAAAGAUUAUUUUGUUAACUGAAGGAUCUAUUUUAGUAUUCAAGUACAACUUUAUAUUAAACAAGCUAGAAGAAUGGCGAAGACUCUUGCUACACAUGGUUGACCACAUUGCUAUUGGAGAUUUCAAAUAUCCUGACAAAAGCCUAAUGCCUCUCCUUUUCAGUGACAGAGAACACGGUGGAAUACAGAUUCGGUGGAACAAAAAUGAGGAACCGGGUUGGGCACAGAAAUGGAAUCCAUUUUGUACAACUUUGCCAUACAUGACAUUUUCUCAUCACCCUGUAUUGUAUAAUCCCAAGGAAAAUGAAACCGUAACAUACAACGUAGAUGAGUUUUAUGAACAUUUAGUCCAAGCUGUCAGUGAAAGUUACAAGAAGAAAAGACCUGGUGAGAAAGUGACAAUCUUAGAAGGUCCUAUACUUAUUGAAAGCUACGCAAGUUUGUCAUCUUUAAUCUACAACCAGAGUGGACUCGGGUUCUUCAUGGACAGGAACGGGAUCUGUUUCUAGACAUAUUUUUGUUUUGACUGUUAUUAUUUAUAUGUAAUAUUUUCAUUGCUGUUUCAUUUUACCAGCAUCCAAUAACAAAUAAUGCUACCGAGUCUAAUAGUUGAAAUAAAAUUGAAAAACCUAAUUUUUUUAUGCAAUUAAGGCCACAUACUGUUAAAUGGAUCAGCUGUUUAUUGUAUAAGUUAUUUGUAUAAUAUACAUUUAAAAAAUUUCAUUAGUUAGAUUUAUAGAAAUAUUCUUAUUGUUUAAAAAGACUAGGAAAAAAUAUAAAUGCCAGUAAAUUGUGUUUAAAUGAUAAUUGUAACCCAUUAUAAUAUGUGUAAUUAUUGAUAAAAAAUAAUUAUAACAGUCUCAAAUAUGGCCUAUGCCUAUAUCAGUG